GAGCGGAGAGAGAGGGGAGAAGAAAAAAAGAGGAGAGAGAAAACUGUCAGGAGCAUGAGCCGCUGCUCCCAGACCUGCCGUCAGCCCGGGACUCUUCAGCAGGCUAGCCGUGGCCGCAGCAGGUCGGGGACGCUCACUGGGGCGCGCGCGCGGAGGUGUCGGCGGCGCGUGACGAGGAUGUAGCGCACCUGAGGAGAGCCGCGGCUCGUGCGCUCCGGACGGAAACUGCUGCUUCUGGGCUGGAUGCGUGUGCGGAUCGUCUCCAGUGAUGAGUUGGCUCCUGGUGUGGAUUCUAACAGCAGCUGGGAUUCAACAGGCCUCCUCCCAGAAUUCCACUGCCAUGCCGCCCGCCGCAGCCUUCACCUCCCCGACCGCCGACACGUACAACCGUACGCAGUUCUGCAAGUGGCCCUGCGAGUGUCCGGAGGUCGCCCCGAGGUGCCCGCCGGGCGUCAGCCUCCUCAUGGACGGCUGCGACUGCUGCAAGGCCUGCGCCCGGCAGGUGGGCGAGGUCUGCAACGAGGCGGACAUGUGCGACUACCACAAGGGACUCUACUGCGACUACAGCUCGGACAAGCCUAGGUACGAAAAAGGAGUGUGUGCAUAUAUGGUGGGAACGGGCUGCGAGCACGACGGCGUGAUCUACCGCAACGGGCAGAGCUUCAAGCCCAGCUGUAAAUACCAGUGUGUGUGCGUGAACGGCGCCAUUGGCUGCGUGUCGCAGUGCACGGACUCCCAGCCUCCCCGGGUCUGGUGCCAAACCCCGCGCCGGGUCAAAGUGCGGGGACAGUGCUGCGAGCAGUGGAUCUGUGACGAGCCCAAGAGAGGGCGCAAGACGGCGCCGCGGCACGCCGUGGAAGUAUUCCCAGCUGAGACGAGAAGCUGGCACAAGAACUGCAUCGCCCAGACUACCUCCUGGAGCCCCUGCUCAAAGACGUGCGGCCGCGGCCUGUCCAUGAGGAUCUCCAACGCCAACGAGCAGUGCGAGCUGGUCAAAGAGUCCCGUCUCUGCAACCUGCGGCCGUGUGAGGUGGACAUCACCAAACACAUCAAGCCGGGAAAAAAAUGUCUAAACAUCUACAGAGAAGACGAGCCCUCCAACUUCACCAUCUCCGGCUGCGUCAGCAAGAAGCUGUACAGGCCCAAGUUCUGCGGCGUCUGCACCGACGAGCGCUGCUGCAUCCCCUACAAGUCCAAGACCAUCGACGUGGAGUUUGAGUGUCCCAACGGGACGGGGUUCACCUGGAAGAUGAUGUGGGUCCAGGCCUGCUUCUGCAACCUCAGCUGCAAAAACCCCAACGACAUUUUCGCCGAGCUGGAGAGUUACUACGGAUACCCUGAAGUUAUGGACUGACGCGCCGAUCGGGAUCGCUGUCUGGAGACACAUUCCCACACUUCCUAUGCAGUAUUUUGUAUUCGUAACUAGUGCAAUCAUUUACAAAGGAUUUUCUCAUGUUUUUUUGUUUUUUUUUUUUCCUAUGGGAACAAUCUGUAAAUAUGAAAUAUGUGUGUUUCCAGACUUCCAAGAACUUUGUACGAAUGAAAAUAUUCAACAGAGCAUGUUAAAUAUUGAAGAUUUAAUUUAUUUAUUUUGCAUAUGUAUUCACAUAUGUAAGCACUCGAAACGUCCAUGUUUUUGUACCCACAAGUCAACGUGGCACUUUUAGUAACAUUUCCUCGAGUACUUCAAUAAAUUUUCAGAAGAUGAAGACAUAUUUUUAAUUCGACUUAAUAACGACACAAUCAGGCAGAAGGUCUGUUACAAGGUUUUUAUUGUCAUUUUUUUAAUAAAUACAAACUGUUAUGUCAUGUAAUGCUUUCCUACAGCAUUAGACAGUUGUGCAUCGCAUCUUUACAAAGCUGUGUAUGUGUCCUAAAAAGUCAAAUUUUCGCUGUAGUGCAAGUAACUUACAGGAGUAGAAGGAAUCAGGUAAGAUCUCUAGUUAGCCUCAUGUUAACAUGUUGACCGAUCUCUUCACUCACCAGGAAAUCCUCAGCCACAGGAGCAUCGCUUC